UAUCCAUCCAUGUCCAUGCUCUCACACUACCUUGGCCUUGGGUCUAUUCCCUGGACAUCUGCUAUGGAGAUUUGGAUGGAGCUACGUGUCGCUUUAUCCUCAAUCCAUAGAUUCCGUUCCUGAAAUUUCAUCCAGCAGAUUCCUUCCUUUUCUUUUUUUCAAUUUCAAUUGUAGAAAGAAAACCAUGUCUUUCACAAUCCUCUCAUCCUCAUGCUUUUCUCUUCGCAAUUCCGAAGUUUCAUCUCCGCCUCCCACUGUUUAUCCUCUUUUAAUUAAACCCCAUUUUCAUCACUUUGAGAAAUCGCAUUAUCUUCCACUUUUUCCUGAUUAUUUUUCACUUUUCGUUAAUCCUAACAAAAAAAAUUAUUCCAUGUCGACCGGUGCUAAAGAUGCCCUCUCGUGUAGAGCCUCGCCGUCGUCCCCCUCUUUCCGGCCGAAUUCCGGCGAGAGAAGCGGGAACCAAUUCUCCAGCCCAAAUGAAGGAGAUGAGGAUGAAGAUUCUGACGAUGAAGAGCAUGAUGAAGUGACUGCUCAUGAUAUGGAUAUGGAAGAUGAUUGUAGUCCCACUUCCGUUUUUUCUCAGAGAUGGGAUGUGUUGGGACUUGGUCAAGCUAUGGUUGAUUUCUCGGGCAUGGUUGAUGAAAACUUUCUGGAGAGACUUGGAUUAGAUAAGGGUACAAGGAAGGUUGUGAACCAUGAAGAGAGGGGUAAAAUCCUGCGUGCAAUGGAUGGGUGCAGUUACAAGGCUGCUGCUGGUGGGUCCCUUUCCAAUAGUUUGGUGGCGUUGGCCAGACUCGGUCUUCAACCUAUUGGAGGCCCACCUUUGAGUAUAGCCAUGGCAGGCAGUGUUGGAAGCGAUCCACUGGGUGGAUUCUACAGAUCCAAACUGCGGCGAGCAAAUGUGAACUUCUUAUCCACACCGAUCAAAGAUGGAACCACGGGAACUGUAAUAGUUCUCACAACACCAGAUGCUCAGCGCACGAUGCUUGCGUAUCAGGGUACAUCUUCAAGCAUUAGAUAUGAGCCCUUCUUGGCUAGAGCAAUCUCAAAAACAAACAUAUUAGUUGUAGAGGGAUAUUUAUUUGAACUCCCUGAUACAGUAAAAACGAUCGCAAAAGCAUGUGAUGAUGCCCGUAGGUCUGGUACACUGAUUGCUAUCACAGCUUCUGACGUCUCUUGCAUCGAGCGGCACUAUGACGAUUUCUGGGAAAUUGUUGCAAACUUUGGGGACAUUGUAUUUGCAAAUAGUGACGAAGCCCGGGCUAUGUGUCAUUUUAAGUCAAAUGAAAGCCCCAUAUCUGCGGCGAGGUACCUAAGCCAUUUUGUUCCAUUAGUUUCAGUUACGGACGGUCCAAGAGGCUCCUACAUUGGUGUAAAGGGGGGAGCUAUUUUUAUUCCUCCUUCCCCAUGCAUGCCUUUAGAUACUUGUGGUGCGGGUGAUGCUUACGCAUCAGGCUUUUUGUAUGGGAUGCUUCGUGGCGUACCCAACUUGAAGGUUAUGGGUACCAUUGCAGCUAAGGUUGCAUCUGUAGUUGUAGGGCAGCAAGGCACCCGGCUUAGGGUACAUGAUGCCAUUGGAUUGGCAGAAUCGUUCGAGUACCAGCUUAAGAAAUCACCCAUUUGGUCUGCCGAUAUUGGUUCAGAUCAAAUCUCCAGCUUGUAAACUUCAAACCCAUUGUAAUUAUUCCCACCAUUGAUUGUAAUUAUCUGGCAUAGAUUCAUAGUCACCCCUAGUUGACCAACUCUGGUCCAAUUCCUAAUUUACCUAAUUUUGUGUGAAACACAUUUUCCUUCCGUUGUUGUGGCUAGUGAAACAGAGCAUGUAGAAUGUAAAUAAUUCUAAGCAGGUGUAACCAACCUGAAACGGAAAAGGAGGUCGGCACACAGGAACGGGUGGGGCCCUAUGCCUGCUUUGUGCAUGGCGACCGUGGAUGGGUCAGGCCAUGCACUUUCAUCUGGUAGUGUCGCCAACUGCUAUCAGCCGUUUCAAAUAAAAUAAAUUAUUCAUUUGGUAAA